AACGCACUCACAGCCACAGUCGCACUCAGCGAGACGCACACUGCACAGCGCUCUCGCCGCGCUGCUGCCCCAGUGGACUCGCCACCCCGUGCGCCGGCCUUGCGCCCUGGGUUCUCGCCCGCCGGCCCCACAGACAGCCUGCCCGACCCCGCCCCGACCCCGCCCGCCCUCUGGACCCUGGCCGCCCCGAGUGGAGACAGGAGGUGAGCGCUGGAAUCUGACAAAAUGAUGCUUCAACACCCAGGCCAGGUCUCUGCCUCGGAAGUCAGUGCCUCUGCCAUCGUCCCCUGCCUGUCCCCUCCCGGGUCACUGGUGUUUGAGGAUUUUGCUAACCUGACACCCUUUGUCAAGGAAGAGCUGAGGUUCGCCAUCCAGAACAAGCACCUCUGCCACCGGAUGUCUUCUGCGCUGGAAUCAGUCACUGUCAGCGGCAGGCCCCUCGAGAUGUCAGUCACAAAAGCAGAGGUGGCCCCUGAAGAAGAUGAAAGGAAAAAGAGGCGACGGGAAAGAAAUAAGAUUGCAGCCGCCAAGUGCCGGAACAAGAAAAAGGAGAAGACAGAGUGCCUACAGAAAGAGUCGGAGAAGCUGGAGAGUGUGAACGCUGAACUGAAGGCCCAAAUUGAGGAGCUCAAGAAUGAGAAGCAGCAUUUGAUAUACAUGCUCAACCUUCAUCGGCCCACGUGUAUUGUCCGGGCUCAGAAUGGGCGGACUCCAGAAGAUGAGAGAAACCUUUUUAUCCAACAGAUAAAAGAGGGAACACUGCAGAGCUAAGCAGCCGUGGUAUGGGGGCAACUGGGGAGUCCUCAUCGAAUCCUCCUUUUCCAUCUGAAACCCUGAAGCCAUUGGAGAUCUGACUUCCUGUGCACCUCUCACAUCCCAGCAGCAGAGAACCAUGAAGGCUGGAGGGCCCUCGGUGACUCAGCUGGGCCUUUCCACUCCACCCCAGGGUGGACUUUGGACCAGGGCAAGGGUAUCUUUUGCCUCAACUCCAGGAUUUAGGCCUUAACAUGGUGGCCAUCCUUGGAUUCUCCAGAUGGCCUCUGGUUAGGGUCCUGCCUGCCUUUCAUCUGGAUUCUACAAAAACCAGGACUCCCACCAUUAAGAUUCAUGCAGAAGCAGUAUCUGUAUCUUGGGUGGAUGGGGCCACCUCCUCUGCUGCUGCUGCCAGGGUCACUCAUAGGGGACGUGGAGUGAGAAUGGCAUCUCGUGAAAGUUGUGCAAUGGCCAGGGUUGUGCUUGCUAGCAAAUAUGCUGUUCUGUACAGGAAUGACUGCGUGCAAGGUGUUCGUUUCAAAACUAGGCGUUGUGUACUUCCGAUGUCUGCACCACACAAUACCGCUAUGACUUUUUCGCGACUUUCCUCAGGCCUGGUUUCUGAGAGUUAGGGGGCUAUCACCAUGGGCAGUGUCUUACAAAAUGUUCGGGUGGCCAGAAAAGCGUGUCAGCCCUGGGAGAACAAAACGGCCGGCUAGCAGCAAGCCCGGUUUUCAUGCCAGCAGAGGCCUCCUUCCCCUUGGCACCCAGGCAUUAACGCGGGUCCUCUGUUGCAAACUCAGUUAUAACGUCACAGGAAGAACGCAGAGACAGAGUCCAGGUUCCCAAGGGUUAGGACUCUCUGCUCAGUGACUUAGGUCAGGAAUCUUUUCUAGGCCGGAUGAGCCAAAGAAUAUUCCAUUUUCCUCUUCUUGCGGUUGAAAACCACAUUCAGUGAAGACGCAUUUGAAGCCAGGUGAUGCCUAGGCUUUAGCAUUAUUAGAUGUCAAUGGCAUUGUUUUUGUCAUGCAGAUGUUUGUAGAAAUCUGGCCCAGAGCGUUUAUAGCUGUGAGAAAGUCACUCACACUGGCCAUGAGGACUCUGGCUACAGUGUGUUUAAAUUCUGAUGUUUCUGUGAAAUCCUCAGAGUGUUUAAUCCUACUCAGUAGUCUCAUUACAAUUUUCUGUAAGAGAAAAUAGUACUUAUUUAUCCGAGUAUUCCUAACCUGUCAAUGUAAUAAAUAUUGGAACCAAGACACGGUGAACUUCAGUGUUGCGCUGGUUUCUGCUCUUUAAAAUCAGUGGUUUGUUGAGAUCUAACCAUCCCCUUCCUCUCUCCUUUGGAGAUGGUGGCGUGGGGGAGUGGUCUCAAGUUAUAUAUAUUUUUCAAGUGUUUUUCUUUGUUCUUUGGCAUACAACUAGGUAGGAUAUUUGACUUUCAAUCCUGUUUCUCAGUCUGUGGUUUCUGAUGUUCAAUUUCUCAUUGACAAAUUCUAGAACAUGGCAGCAAGUAUAUCCUUUAGAUUAACUAUUUGGUAUUUAGAAUUUUGAUAUAAAAGUUGAAUACCUCAACUAUCAUUUUCUCUGGUAUAUAAAACCUAACAUGUACGUACGCCUGUUGUUCAACAUGAGCGAUGGACACCUUGCAUUUGUCACAGAUCUUGUCAUUAACUCGUCACUUGAAUUACAUCUCUUAUAAUGUCCAAAUAUGGGUCUCAUUGUUGCAAAUAUAUAUUUCAAAUUUGGAAAAGAAUGGCGGGGAGGAUGGGAAGGAAGAGAGGAAGAGUGAGGACGAGAGACAGUGUAAACUUUAGACAGGAUAGGCGUGAUAAUUCAAAGAAAAGGAGUCCACCUAAUUUUCUGGACUCUCCAGAGCAUAUGAUUGCUUAGGUCUGUAACAGAACCAGGGUCCCUCGCUCUUUGCCUUUACACAUAUGUAACACUCACAGGCUGGAAAUAAAAACUGGCUACUCUGCCACCAAUGCCAUUCUU